CGACUGUAGGGUGCAUCACAUUUAUGUAUGCGCGUGUAUGUUCUCCAUCACGUCGUAUACUCGGAACAUGAUGUCUUAGUGCAUAACACUGACAUGAGCAAGGGAGGGGCUGCCGUAAAACACACCGAUAGAAUGAAUGCAAAGAGCCAAAAGAACACUUCCUGUUGAUGCAAAAAUUGCAGCAGCAACUGUCUGACACAUCUGGACUGGAGAGGGGGGGAGGCCUGGCUGUAGUGUAAGCGAACUACUGAGGGGAAUGGACAACGUGUAAUGCUAAUCUGCAAAACGGCAGCCAAACUGGAGAAACAUAUCCAAGAAAUGGACGACGGCAGCUACAUCGAGUUCGAUGUGCCGGAGUUCAGUAACACUGUUCUGACCCAGCUCAAUGAGCUGCGGCUGCAAGGGAAGCUGUGUGACAUCAUUGUUCACAUUCAGGGCCAGCCAUUUCGAGCCCACAAGGCUGUGCUGGCAGCAAGUUCACCCUAUUUUCGUGACCACUCAGCUCUCAACACCAUGAGUGGCCUUUCCAUUUCAGUCAUCAAAAGCCCUGAGGUUUUUGAGCAGCUCCUUUCGUUUUGCUACACAGGUCACAUGUCCCUGCAGCUCAAGGAUAUUAUCAGUUUCCUCACUGCUGCCAGCUUUCUGCAGAUGCAGGUCAUCAUUGACAAGUGUACCCAGAUCCUGGAGAGCAUCCACUCCAAGAUCAGCCUCCCAGCUGGUGUUUGUAGCACAGAGAAGGAUGCCUUGCAGACCAGCGGCAAUGGGGUCAAUGACAGCAACCUCUUUGUAAACCCUACCCAGAUCUCCCCCCCUUACUACUCACGGCAGCCUCAGGCAGGACACGAAGCGCGCUUUGAGCUGCCAGGAAAAAGCUUGGGCCGGGGUCGACAGCAGCAAGAGGAAGGCCAGUCGGACCGAGGCAGUAGUGAUAGUGUCUCCGAGCAUGAUGCUCCCAUGGAGGCAGAAACAGAGCAAGUGGAACUGAUCGGCAAAGAUGGGCAAGUAACGGAUGUGCAUGUGAAGAUAGAGAAGACCGACAGGCCCACUUACUCAGAUAGUUCCUCAGCCGGUGAUGAUGGCUACCAUACAGAGUUGGUAGAUGGAGAGCAGGUAUUGGCUGUCAGUGUGGGUUCUUAUGGUCCUGUCAUCCAGUCUGCUGCCUAUUCUUACUCAGGGCUGUCCUCCCCGUGCUUUGUCAACCUCACCAACUCCAGUCCUUCCCGCUCCAUGCUCAGUGGCUACAGAGGUGGACGAGCCAGGGCAAAGCGCCCAGUGGCCAUCCCAGCAGGAGUGCUGAGUCAUAUCAAACCCGGCUCAGAUGACACCGAAUCAGCUGUGGGAGCCACAGGGUUGGAGAAUGAUGUGCGAGAGCGUAGCUUGCGAAGCCAGUGGUACCCCUACAAUGAGAGACUCAUUUGCAUCUACUGUGGAAAGACCUUCAACCAGAAGGGGAGCCUGGAUCGCCACAUGCGCCUGCACAUGGGAAUCACCCCAUUUGUUUGUAAGUUCUGUGGCAAGAAGUACACAAGGAAAGACCAGCUGGAGUACCACAUCCGUGGCCACACGGACAACAAGCCCUUCCACUGUCAGAUAUGUGGCAAAUGCUUCCCAUUUCAGGGCACCCUUAACCAGCACCUGAGGAAGAAGCACAUGGGAGCAACAGACGGGAGCAAUCAUAUAGACUCUCCAGAGAUAACGGAGGGAAGCGCAGAUCAGAAGGACCAAGAGGAUACGACUGAGGUGAUGGCCUUUGAGGCGCAAUAUGCAGAAGAGGCACCAGCCCCGAAUAUGGAGGAGAGUUCAAAAUGCAGUCCAGAGGAGGCUCAAGCAUCAAGAUGUGAUUUUUAGCUCCUGCUUCAGCUUAAGGAAGCUUCAAGAAAUGUUUAUCUUAACUCAACUAAAGGACUUUUUUUCUUUUUAAAUCAGCUCCCUCUACUAUAGACAUUUCUUGCGUCAAGGGUUCCUGUCAAUUUUGUGAAAUUUAGAUGUUGAAUGCUGAGAGUAAAUGGGUGCUUUAUAGAAAUUUGAUUCUUUCAAGCAAAGGGAGUAACAACUUACUAUUUUUGAGGAGGUCCCAAUAAUCAAGACCCCCUGAUUGAUUUAUCUUUUUAUCUUUCCAUGUUUUUUAAAACAUAUUUACAGAGUUAUAUAGGCAUGUUGCAAUAAUUGAUAAUGUGAAAGCUCUGGUAAGAUGCUUGUCAUAUCACCUUUUUACCUGACCUGUUUUUGCACAUGUGGCCACAGGAGGUCACUUACUCACAAGGAAUGAUUUUUCUGCCAGUGCAAAGCUUCGUGUGACAUAUCCGUUCAAUACCUCAUGAUGCAACUACAUACUCAUAAGAGACAGUAUUUUAACUUAAAUGAAACUCACCAGGUUCUACCUCAUAGCCAAGAACCUACUAGGCACAGAUGUGUUUACCGUUUGAAAUCCGUUUUAGGUUGUAUGUGCAUUAUCUUAUUGCCAAACCCUGUAAAGAAUAUUCUCUCAACACAAAGCCUUGAUACUUCGGGGAAAUAUUCCUUGCUGAUUGUAUGGAUCAGGGACAUAGUUCCUGAAAAAUAUUUCAUGGUCAGCCAGGAUUAAGAAGGUGCUAUGUUUGGAGUACAUAAUAUUUGCUAGCUUUCUUGUGUUUGUUUUUCGCAAAUGCAGACAAUAGAGUAAGAAAAUGGCCCGCAUAUGUUUUGCUGUCUUAUAACAUUUGUUCGACACAACACUCAAGAAGUGUGUCUCUUAUCACUACUGGAGAUCUCUAUCUGUUAGCCAAAGGGUGGUUCUAGAUACUGUCAUCCAUGUAAUGGAUGAAUUACGUCCAACCGUGAAGUCAUUUUAUUCCUCUAUACUCUGAUGGCAGACUUAUACUGAAUUAUUGUAUGUGUAAAUUGUUUAGUCCUGAUGUAGGCUUUUAGGUUAAUACUCAGCGUCUGUCGGAGACAGGAGUACUCAUUGUCAACUCAGCACAAUAAGAACAGCUCUGUAUCUGUUCACAUAUAUCAAUAUAGUAUACUAGUCUGAAUAAUAUGCAAAUAGAAAGAACAAAGGAAUCUCAGCCAUUUCGACAUGGUUUUUCUUCCAUUAUUUGAAAGAGCUAUUGGUUUGUCUCCUUUUUUCCUUCUGUCCUACCUUUUUAUGAUGGGACGAUUGAUCUGUUCUCUGCAUCGGUCGUGGUCAAAUACAGACUUGGAACAAGUUAUCCUCAUUUGUUGAUCCUACUUCAUGACGGUGACAUAAAUGGGCCAAAGCUAGGCUAAUGGGACGUUCACACCAAACGUGUUGCGAAUUUUUCGCGUGAGUAGAACCCAUGCAAAGUCAAUGCACAGACGCGAAUUGUUGUGAAUUUCGCCGGGCGGUGCGAUAGAUGCGAAUGGCGUGUUGCGAAAUUUUCGCCAGAGUUUAAAUAUUUAAACUUUGGCAAAACCUUUGCAACUCGCGAAGUUGUGAAAGCCAAUCAGCGUUGAGAUGCUCCGCCCACCUGGCUGCUGCUGCUCUAGUAGCGCUGGAAGCGGAAAUUAUGAACCCAGACACAAGGGCGUUAGAU